CGCCCCAAUUGUCCCAUUCACCGGUCAGUCGGUCACCAGCCAUGGACUCCGAGACCUUCCAACGACGCCGUCGAACCAAUUCCACUCACAACAAAAACAACGCCGUCGUAGGAGAGGAAAGGUUGAACCGCAGCGAGGUACUUGCAAAGAAGAAAGCCAUUGAACAACUCAUCAAAGCAGCAAAUGCCAAAAUUGAUCAACUCGCAUUUUUCCCCUCUUAUCGCCACUUCAAAAUUAACGGUCUCUCGGUGUGUUUGAAGUCGGGACAUGGCAAUAAACUUUCCUCUCCGGUUAAACGUUAUAUUCAGAAUCUCCUUAAGCUUAACAUGGAAGGGCCAUAUGGAUCUGAGUGGCAAGAGGAAGAAAAGGUGAAGCGUAGAGAAAUGGUUGAUCCCGAAGCACGCUAUAUAUUUGUGCAUGUGGUUCCUAAUUCAAAUGUUGAUGACAUGACAACGGUGUUGACUGAGGAAGAUACUUCGACAAGUUGUCAAGAAGAUAGUAGCCCCUUGGUUGGAUUUGUACAUUACCGCUUUGUUUCGGAAGAAGAUGUACCUGUGCUUUAUGUGUAUGAACUACAGCUUGAGCCUCGCGUCCAGGGGAAAGGAUUGGGAAAGUUUCUAAUGGAACUUAUUGAGCUUAUCGCCCAAAAGAACUGCAUGGGUGCUGUCAUGCUAACUGUUCAGAAGGCAAACUUAUUAGCUAUGAAUUUCUAUAUGAGUAAGCUAAGAUAUAUCAUAUCAGCCACGUCGCCUUCUAAGGCUAAUCCAAUGCUGGAGAAGAGUUAUGAAAUUCUUUGCAGAACAUUUGAUGACGAUGCUAAAACUAUUUUUGAGGUACAGCACUCAGUACACCAUUAGAUUGACUUUCUACAAUACUAUCACUGAAUUUCAUAAAACCUAUGCACUUAUGAGCAGGUUAUCUGAAUCAAUCAGGUUUCAAGGUUUAUUCACCAAUGACUAUGAGCUAUUGAGCUAUUUGUCUAGAUCAUUUAGGUUAAUGUGUUCUUUUUUAUAAAAAAAAUAGUAAUAGAUGUUGCACCAGAUUGAUCUAUUCCAGUUGAACUCCUCUGAUUGUUACACUUACAUCACAACUGUUUGUAGGUGAUUGAAAACAAUUUUUUGAAUACAAUUUUUAUAUAAAUUUGCAAAUUUGUAAUUAGGUUCAUAAAAAUAGAUGUCGGCAUCAGAUUGCAGCAUAACUGUUUUUGUUAAUUAAUGAGCUUCACUUUGUUCAGGCACAACACAAGCAUUUACCGCAUUAACAUUUAUGUUCUGUGAAACAUCAACAUGUUUAAAUGAUCUUUUAGUUGGCUCUAGAGUGAACUAAAGAUAAUGUAAAUAGGAAAUUUUUGCUUACACAAAUUUCAACGCCAUCUCUCAUUCAUCAGUUUUUCUCCAUAGAACCUCUUUUGUUUUGUUUGCAGGAUAGUGAAUGAGUUGCAGAAAUUCAGCUCAACUUAUUGGUCUUAUUGUUUUUGUUUAUGGCAUCUUCAUCGUAUUAAUUGAGUCGCCCUGUUUACAUUUCCUUUACACCAGAUUUUCUUUUGUUUCUUACUUUGUUUUGUACUGUCAUUUUUAAUUACUUGUUUAUUUUGGAUUCAUCUCAAAUUCUCAAUGAGACAAAUUUUUCAUAGUAUAUUUAUAUUGCGGUGAAAUAUAGCUUACCCACUUCAAGUGCGAGCAAAAGCUAUAUUCUCGUGUCAACUGCAUUGGGACAGAUGAUAAAA